AUGGCAGAAAGGGGGAUGAAUCUUACAUAUAUUGCCCCAAUCAUACAAGAUGGAGAAAAGAUCGUUGAGCUUAAUAAAGAGGAAAUUGAGAAAGGCAGUGCAAAAUGGAGUCAAGCCCUAAUCAUAUAUGUCGUGAAACUGCCGAACUUGCCUAUGAGUUAUUGGGAAAGGGAAAUACUAAGCAGAAUUGGAAGUGGGCUUGGAGUUCCUGUUUAUGUAGUUGAAUGCACGAAAAAAGUGGAAAAGAUUUCAUAUGCUCGAUUACUAGUGGAAAUGGAUGCUACUAGGCCUUUACCAAAGACUAUUAAGGUCAAAGAUCUGACGGGAGAUGUUUAUGACCAAGAGAUAGCUGGGCAUUCAUGCAAUCCGAUUCAGAAUAAGAAGCCACUUGUAGGGAAGCAAAGAGGUGGAGCUACAAAACCAAAGCAGCAGUGGGUGAGACGCACAGGAAACAAUCAAGGGAAUGAGGGGCAGAAUGCACCAAAAAUUCAAGGGGAAAAGGCAAAAGGGAAACAGAUUGAGAGAAAGCAAAAUGAGAUAGAAGGAACAAGCAAAGAAUCCAAUGCUGAGGGUGAUCAAUUACAAGGAGUCCAAUGGAAAAUAAUUCGAAACAAGUCAGCUACAAAGGGGAGCUAUAAUAUAGGGCAGCAGAAUAAUUUUGGUAAAGGUAAAAUGACUCCUACUGCACUAGUUAGGAGAAAGAAGCCUGUUAAAGUGGUGAAUGGAUUUGAUCCUCUGAUCGUGUAUGGCUUGCACAUAAUAGAAGACAGGAGAGGGUUGUGGGAAGCUUUAAGGAGUAUACAGAGUUCACAGCAGGGCCCUUGGCUUGCCAUGGGUGAUUAUAAUGCAGUAUUACAGGUUGAAGAUAGAAAAUAUGGAAAUCAUGUCACUGAGAUAAAAACUAAGGAUUUUAGUGACUAUCUCUUUGAUACUGGAGUGACUGAAAUGAAAUCAGUAGGAAGAGAGUAUAAUUGGACAAACACUCAUAUCUAUACCAAAAUUGACAAAGCACUGGUCAACUCAGAAUGA